GGUGCAGCUGCUGAAGGAGGGUCGGACGGAAGAGGAGCCGGCUCCGUCCCAGAAUGGCUCCGACCAGGCCCCGACCCCGGCCUCUCCACCAGCCCCGUCCGCAGAGGCCGACCAGCUCAGAGACAAGGUCAAGCAUCUGGAGGAGCUGCUGACGAAGUGCAGGGAGAACAUCAAGCUCAACAAGUCGCGCACGGCCACCCUGGUGGCGGAGAAGACGCAGCUGCAGACGCUGCUGACGGAGGAGAAGCGCCAGCUGGACGCGACCCAGGAGGCGCACAAGAGCGAGUUGGAGCGGCUGGAGGCGAUCGUGGGGGAGCUGCGCCGCACCAUGGCCUCCACGCAGCACCAGGCGCAGGAGAACGCCAUGAGCACCGCCGAGCAGAAGGCCCAGAUGCACCAGGAGCUCGAGCAGAAGGAGACCCAGGUUAAACGCCUACAGGACGAGACAGAAUCCAAACGAAAGUCGCUGGAGCAGCUACAAACACGAGUUGCCGCCCUCGAAACUGAAACGACUCAGCUGCGCGACACGCACAAGCGGCAGCUGGAGGAGCUGGAGCGCCUGUCGGAGGAGGAGAAGGCCGGCCUGGUCCAGGAGCUGUCACGCGCGAAGCAAGAGGCGCUGCGCGUGCUGGAGCAGGAGCUGGAGUCGCGGCUGGCCGAGGAGUGGGGCCGCCGGCUGCACCUGCGCGAGGAGGAGCUGCGCGCCGAGAUUCGCGAGAAGGAGAGCCAGCUGGAGCUGGCGGCCGAGGAGCAGCAGCUGGCGGCCAGCGCCGCCGCCGCCGGCGGACACCAGACGGCCCAGCGGGCGGAGCUCAUAGACACCAUCGACGGUCUGCGCACCGACCAGAUGGCGCUGGAGUCGCGGCUGCAGGGCUGCCAGCAGGCGCAGGCGCAGGCCGAGGCCCGACUGGAGCAGGCGCAGGUGCAGAUGGAGGAGGCUCGGAAGGAGGCCGAGGCUCGGAUUGAAGAGGCUCGGAAGAAGGUCGAGGCUCGGAUGGAAGAGGCUCGGAAAGAGGCCGAGGCUCAGGUGGAGGAGGCCCGAAAGGAGGUCGAGGCUCGUGUGGAGGGGGCUCGCAGCUCGGCUCUGGAGGAGGCUCGGAAGGAGGCUGAGGCUCGGGUGGAAGAGGCUCGGAAAGAGGCCGAGGCUCAGGUGGAGGAGGCUCGGAAGGGAGUCGAGACGCGACUUGAAGAGGCUCGGGUGGGGGAGGCUCGCAGCUCGGCUCUGGAGGAGGCACGGAAGGAGGCUGAGGCUCGCAUGGAAGAGGCGCGGAAGGAGGCUGAGGCUCGGGUGCAAGAGGCGCGAAAGGAGGCCGACGCCCGGGUGGAGGAGUUGGACCGGCAGCGGCAGGCGGCUGUGGAGGAGUUGGACCGGCAGCGCCAGGCAGCUGUGGAGCUGUCGCUCCAGACUUCCAGCCAGGAGAACAGUGCCAGGCUGGAAUCUCAGGCGCAGGCGGACGAGCUGCAGCGCCGUCUGACCAGCCUGAGCGAGGAGCAGGCUGCCACGCUGGCCGAGCUGGAGGCGGAGCGCGGCCGCGGCGCCGCUGACCGCCAGGAGCGCCAGCAGCUGCAGCUGCGCACCGAGAAGCUGUCGGGCGUGGUGCGCUCGCUCGAGGAGAGCCUGCGCGAGCUGACUGAGCAGUGUGGCCGCGACGCAGAGGUCCGCGCCGCCGCCGCCGCCGCCACGGCCGCUACGCCCGCCGCGCCCGCUGGCAGCCAGCUGGAUGAGCUGACCACGCUGCUGGACGACAACGCGGCGCGGCUGGCCGGCGUCACUGAGGAGGUGGGCGCGCUGCGGCUGGCCAAGCAGCAGCUGGAGGCGAGCUCGAGUCGACGGUAA